AUGGGAGGAAUGCUGAAUAUUAAUGCCCAAGUGUCACAUCUUGCCCAAGCAGUAGCUCGCCUGGAAAGCAAACAGGGGGAACUUCCUGCCCAAGUGGAGGUAAAGAAAGUAAAUGCCGUGACACUCAGGAACGGUAAGGAACUACCCGAGGUGGUUGGAAAGCAAACUGAGGAAGAACCAGAGGUUAGUGAGGAAGUUGGAAUGGGGUCAGCAGAUGAGGAAGAAUUAGCUCAAGAAAGGGAAACUAAGAAGAAAGCAGCAGAAAAAGGCAAAGAAAAAUUGAGACAUGUUGAGCCCAUAAUCCCCUUCCCAGGCAGAAUGGCCAGAGAACAGGAAAAAGAAGAAUUGACCGAAUUGGUGAAAAUCUUUAAAAAGGUAGAAGUCAAUAUGCCCCUUCUGGUCGCACUACGCUCUAUGCCCAGAUGUGCCAAAUUCCUAAAAGAACUCUGCACCCGGAAGGUUAAAUACACUGAUGAUGCCAAGUUCCAGGUGGGCGAGUCAGUAUUCACAGUUUUACAGCGAGAUAUGCCCAUAAAGUGUGGAGAUCCAGGGAUGUUCUAUAUUCCUUGUGUGAUAGGGACCAUGAAGGUGGAUAAGGCAAUGCUCGACGUCGGGGCAUCCAUAAAUGUUAUGCCUUUAUCUAUGUAUCAGGAUGUGGAGAUAGGAUCGCUGAAACCUACCCGAGUAGGGAUCCAACUGGCAGACAGGUCAAAUUUGUACCCAGAAGGAUUACUGGAGGACGUUUUGGUCAAAGUGGAGGAACUGAUUUUCGCAGCAGAUUUCUACAUCCUUGAUAUGGGGAAAUCAAAAGCACGCGACCCAGUUAUGCUUUUAGGGAGGCCUUUUCUCAAAACUGCCAGGGCGCGCAUCGAUUGUGAUACGGGAAAAUUGACAUGCCAGUUCGAGGGAGAGACAGUAACUUUCGAUAUAUAUAACGCCAUGAAGCAUCCCGCCGACACAGAGAUGGUAAAAAGUGUCGAUAUAAUCAGCAGGGUUGUUGAGGAGAAAUUGCCCAGAACGACACUCAGGGAACCUUUCGAUGUGAGAGCACCCAAGCUAGAAUUGAAGUCUCUACCCAAGCAUCUCAAGUACAUUUUUCUGGGUGAAACUGACACUUUGCCCGUAAUCAUCAAUUCGGAGUUAACACCAGAAGAUGAAAGCAAGGUUAAGAAGACUUUAGGUAAAUACAAAGAAGCUAUUGGAUGGACCCUAGCUGAUAUUAAGGGCAUAAGCCCUACAGUGUGUAUGCACCAUAUAUUGCUAGAGGAAGAUGCAACUCCAGUCCGAAACCCCCAUAGAAAGCUCAAUCCAGCCAUGAAGGAAGUUGUGAUGAAGGAGAUACUCAAACUAUUGGAUUUGGGCAUAAUAUAUCCAGUGUCCGAUAGUAGAUGGGUGAGUCCAGUGCACGUUGUACCCAAGAAGUCUGGCAUACAAGUGGUGGAAAAUGAAUUCCGGGAACUGAUCGCUACAAGGUUACAAAUCGGCUGGAGAAUUUGGGUUGCAAAGGAGGAUCAGGGCAAAACCACUUUCACUUGCCCUUUCGGCACUUUUGCCUAUCGAAGGAUGCCGUUUGGGCUAUGCAACGCCCCUGGAACAUUCCAAAGGUGUAUGAUGAGCAUAUUCUCGGACCUCCUCAAAAACUGCAUCGAGGUAUUCAUGGAUGAUUUCACUGUCUAUGGGGAAACCUUCGAUUCAUGCCUCGCUAAUCUGGAGAAAGUACUGCAAAGGUGCGUCGACAAAAGUUUGGUUUUGAACUAUGAGAAAUGCCACUUCAAGGUUGAGUCAUGUGACGCCAGCGGAUAUGCCAUCGGAGCAGUUCUUGGGCAAAAGCGGGGAAAGGAAAGUCAUGUCAUCUACUAUGCCUCCAAAACCCUCAACGGGGCUCAGAUCAGUUAUUCCACCACAGAGAAAGAAAUGUUGGCAGUAGUGUUUGCUUUUGAAAAAUUCAGGUCCUACUUGCUUGGAGGAAAAACUACGGUCGACACCGAUCAUGCUGCUCUGAAGUACCUUUUGGCCAAAAAGGAGUCCAAACCAAGAUUGAUCCGAUGGGUUUUGUUCUUGCAAGAAUUCGAUGUGGAAAUCAAGGACAAAGCUGGGGCACAAAAUCAAGUGGCCGACCAUUUGAGCAGAAUUGUGAGAAAGAAGGAAGGGGAACCAAUUAAAGAGAUGUUUCCCGAUGAGCAGUUGUUCUAUGCCCAAGGAAGGAGGGAAUAUCGUUGGUACGCAGACCUGUGUAAUUACUUGUGUUCUGGAUAUAUACCUCCAGGGUACACUUAUGCCCAGAAGAAGAAAUUGACCAAGGAAAGCAGGGAAUAUAUUUGGGAUGAACCGUACUUAUGGAAGCAAUGCGGGAAUCAAAUGUUAAGGAGAUGCAUUCCACAAGAAGAACAGGGAAGUAUUCUGGAAUUUUGCCAUUCAAAAGAAUGUGGAGGCCAUUUUGGGCAUAAGAGGACUGUGGCCAAGGUUCUGGAAUGCGGGUUUUACUGGCCAACCAUUUUCAAAGACAGUUACAUGGCUUUGCAAGAACUGCCCUCAGUGCCAAAGAGAAGGAAACAUAACCAGAAGGAAUGA